AUCCUCGGCAGGCACCGUACCCAGUUUCCUCCGUUGGGAGGGUUUAACUGCCCGGAAACGGAAGUCUCGUUCUUUUUCGUCCUUUUCCCCGGUUGCCGCUUGCUGUCCUGGUCCGCGCCGGAGCCCAGCGCGCCUCGUCGCCAUGCCUCGGAAAAUUGAGGAAAUCAAGGACUUCCUGCUCACAGCCCGACGAAAGGAUGCCAAAUCUGUCAAGAUCAAGAAAAAUAAGGACAACGUGAAGUUUAAAGUUCGAUGCAGCAGAUACCUUUACACCCUGGUCAUCACUGACAAAGAGAAGGCAGAGAAACUGAAGCAGUCCCUGCCCCCCGGUUUGGCAGUGAAGGAACUGAAAUGAACCAGACACACUGAUUGGAACUGUAUUAAAAUACUAAAAAUCCUAA